CCCAACUCACACCUCCCAAUCAUCCCUAAUAUCAAUCAAAUCGGCUGAAUCACCAUGCCGAGGACGGGAGGUAGACCCUCAACGGUCAAAGAAUGGAUGGAGCACAAGGAGACCUUGCGUCGACUCUAUGUCGAUGAAAGGAAGCGAAUGAGCCAAGUCAUCGCCGCCAUGCAAGCCGAGCAUGGCCUGACGGCACCACCACAAAAACGAGCCUUGUGGAUUCUGUUCCGCAAAUGGGGAUUCCCGACAAGAAAGGAAUCGGCCACCCCCAUCGAUGAUGUCGUCCUUGCCAGGAUCAGAGAGCUAUGGAUGCGGAAUGUCGGCCAAGCGGAGCUCCAUCGCAUCCUCAACGAAGAGGAUGGCUACAACAUCACCAAGAGGGCUUUGGUCCAAGCCCGAAAGAAGCACAAAAUGCUCUUUCGCUCUCCGGAAGGGGACCGGGCCGCCGAAGACGAGGUCAUUGAAAUCUCAUCCGGGGAGGACGAGGACGAGGACGAGGCUUCUGGAUCAGAUUCAGAGGCGAGCGAUGUGCAUACUUCGAAUCACCACCAACCGCCCACAGCCCAAAACCAACACCAACACCAACAACACCAACACGCACACGCAUCGGCACCCGCACCAGCUCCGUUGCUACCUCCGCUGAUACCCUUGUCACUCAUAGGAGCCCCUCCCCCCGAAGUCUUUCCGACAGACCAGGUCGACUCCCCUCCCCCCGUCGGUAAAGGCCACAACAAACCCCGCCGGCUGACGAGGAAGCACGGCGUGAGGCCUCGCGACGUCGCCGCCCCUCCCCGGUUCCCGUCCGAGCUGACCCUGGACGAAGCCAAAGCGAUCCUCGGCCUGGACAACCAAGCCUACAAGGCCAUGCGGGUCAUCUUCACCCAGCUCUGCGAAGAGGCCCAUGUGAUCAAGAAAACGCUCGCGGGCCCGGAGCGGUGGGAAGCCCUCAAAGACGACCUGAUCCGGCGCUUCCCGCCGCUCGAGGCCGAGCUGUGGCAGAGCCGGGACAACCUAGACCGGAAGAAACUGGCCCUCGACGUCAUCUGCUGCGACUGCACCAAGCGCAUGCGCGACAAGGGGAACCAAUUCGACCUCGGCAGGGCGAAAGCCGUGCUGGGCCUCGACCCGUACGAGACGAGGCAGGCGCGCGUCGUCUUUUACGUCCUCACCGAGCGGCACCAGAUCCGCAGCAAGACCGACGCCGGCAUCAAGAAGUGGAACGAGGUCAAGAACGAGUGGGUCGCCGUCAGCCCUUACCUCCAGCGCGCCCUGGCGGGGGGGCCUUCGGAUCCGGCGCACGAGGACAAGCUGAAGGCGCUGGAGCGGCUUGCGCAGGACGUCAUGCGGAGGCGGUGGCAUGACGAGAGCCGGGCGAGGAAGAAGGCCGCCGCUCGGAGUAGCGCCUCGGCUGGUGCUGCGCAGUCGCCGGAUGAGUCUGUGGCUGCGGCGGCGGCGGCGGUGGCCCAGGGUCCUGGGGCGGUUGUUGCGCAUGCCCAAGCGGGCUUUGAGGUCAUCCCCAGCCCCGGCGAGGUUGCCAGUCAGGACCUGGGUGGUGGCAGCAGCAGCAGCAGCAGUAGCAGCACGGGUGGUUUCGGUGGUGGUAUCGGCCGAGUGGCUUCGACUUUGACUUCUUUUGGCAGCACGCUGCCGACCCAAACAACGGCCACGCCUACCGCCUCGCGAGUGGGUGCGACCACGUCGUCCUUACGGAGCGGGGAGGAAACGGUGCUGGAUCCUCGUCUACGGUUCGCCCCGGCCGCGCAGCAGCCACAAGUGCAACGAGCAACAGCAACAGCACCAGCACCAGUACCAGCACCAGCACCGGGACCCCCUUCGAGCAGCAUGGCCAUCUUCCUGCGACUGCACGAGUCUUCCACUUUUUCUACCGACGCCCGCGUCUGGAUAGGGACCAUGGAGACGCGCUCCGUACGAGAGGUGCGGCGCGCCGCCGUGGAGAGGUACCCUGGCGCCGCAUGCCUGCGGGUCGAGGGCAUAUUGAAGGAUGGCAGAGGGGGCGAGAUGCCGUUGUUGAUUGAGGGCGAUAUGGAGCUCGAGGCGUACCUUGCGCACCUCAACGGGGCGACGCCUACUCUCUCCGUGCAGCUUGUUCAGGGGUGGGAGCCGGCGAAGUGACCGAGAUGGAGAUUGAGGCGUUGGACAGGCCGGGCCAAUGUAUUUUCAAGAGUCGUAAUGAAUUAGUUCAUUGUGAUGUUCGAGAGAGGAAUUGAUGCCCUGCCUCUGACUGAAUGAACGUCUGCACUCACUCUGUCGUUGAGAUGGGGACGACAUAAAAGGGGGUUCUCGACCUGGAAGAGACUUGACAACUCAGCCACAGUUCUUGAUUCCCCAGCCACAGAUCUGCUGACCAAGCC